AUGUUCCAUCAUUGUUCUCCAUACAUUCUACUGUUCUUCGCAAACAAAAACAAAAAUUUCUCGGAUCUAUCGUUACUCGCUGUGGAUAAUCCUGCCAUUCGUGUACUCCAUGUCUCCAAAACUACUCCAAAAUGUUCUUGUUUUGUGUUCCGCUUUGAGUCGAGAAGUCAACAAAUUGUUGAAGUCGUGCACGAAAUCUGA